CGGCGGCGGCGGCGGCGGCGGCGGGCUAGCAGCGCGGCUCCCAGGGCCGCAGUCGCCAGCGUUUCCAGCGCCGGCUCACGGAGCUGGGCGUUCGGAGGACGCGCCUUGCCGAUCGGGAGAGGGAACCGAGGCGGCAGGGCUCACCGGGGCCGAUAGGUCGGCCGGGCGCGCUGGCCAUGCUUCUGGACGCGGGGCCGCAGUUCCCGGCCAUCGGGGUGGGCAGCUUCGCGCGCCACCACCAUCACUCGGCCGCGGCGGCGGCGGCGGCGGCUGCGGAGAUGCAGGACCGCGAGCUGAGCCUGGCGGCGGCUCAGAACGGCUUCGUGGACUCAGCCGCGGCGCACAUGGGCGCCUUCAAGCUCAACCCUGGAGCGCACGAACUGUCUCCUGGUCAGAGUUCGGCGUUCACGUCGCAAGGUCCGGGUGCAUACCCGGGCUCGGCUGCAGCUGCCGCUGCGGCCGCGGCACUGGGGCCCCACGCCGCGCACGUUGGCUCCUAUUCCGGGCCUCCCUUUAAUUCCACCCGGGACUUCCUGUUCCGCAGCCGCGGCUUCGGGGACUCGGCGCCGGGAGGCGGCCAGCAUGGGCUCUUCGGGCCGGGCGCGGGCGGCCUGCACCACGCGCACUCGGACGCGCAGGGCCACCUCCUCUUCCCGGGCCUCCCGGAGCAGCACGGGCCGCACGGCUCGCAGAACGUGCUCAACGGGCAAAUGCGCCUUGGGCUGCCCGGCGAAGUGUUCGGGCGCUCGGAGCAGUACCGCCAAGUGGCCAGCCCGCGGACCGACCCCUACUCGGCGGCGCAACUCCACAAUCAGUACGGCCCCAUGAAUAUGAACAUGGGGAUGAACAUGGCAGCGGCCGCAGCCCACCACCACCACCAUCACCACCACCCUGGUGCCUUUUUCCGCUACAUGCGGCAGCAGUGCAUCAAGCAGGAGCUCAUCUGCAAGUGGAUCGAUCCCGAGCAGCUAAGCAAUCCCAAGAAAAGCUGCAACAAAACUUUCAGCACCAUGCAUGAGCUGGUGACCCACGUCUCCGUGGAGCACGUCGGCGGCCCGGAGCAGAGCAACCACGUCUGCUUCUGGGAGGAGUGUCCACGCGAGGGCAAGCCCUUCAAGGCCAAAUACAAACUGGUCAACCACAUCCGCGUGCACACCGGCGAGAAGCCCUUUCCCUGUCCUUUCCCGGGCUGCGGCAAGGUCUUCGCGCGCUCCGAGAACCUCAAGAUCCACAAAAGGACCCACACAGGUAAUCGUGGGUCCGGAGUGGGAAACCGCACCUCGAAGAGAAACGCACGGGCUGAGCGCGCGCGCUUGUGUGUGUAUGUGUGUGUGUGUGUGUGUGUGUGUGUGUUCGCGUGUUCGGGAGCGCUGGGGGCUAACCACCAGCCAGAGACCUGGGAGAGUGCAGGACAGGCAGCGGCUUGUUUUUGUUGGAGGAUGGCAGAGUAUUAUUGUAUUGGGCUGGGAUUUUUCCAUGUGCGGAAAUUGAACUUUAGCCAGAUGCAGAGCAUGGCGAAGAGCAGCGCGAGCUUCCUCCUGGCGGGCGGCGGGGGCGGCGGCGGCUCUGGAGGGGGCAGCGGGACAGCCGGAGGCCAUAGCGGCCUCUCCUCCAACUUCAAUGAAUGGUACGUGUGAGGGGCCAGGCCUUCCUCCCGUCCCCUGUUAUCCCCUCCACCACAGCCCUCCCAAAACCCACCGAGGGCACCUUAGGAUCGUGUUGUUAAAAUCAUGAAUCUGAUUUUUAUGGUGAUGAAAAAAAAAGUUUUACCAGCAGAAGGAUUUUUAAAAGUUUUUUUUAAACAAUCAAGGCAUGAAAAGCAAAAUCUCUCUGUGUGUCUCUGAAGCUGAAAACAUAACAUAAAAUAAUAAAAAUUUUAAGAAAGUAAACUCCACGAAAAGCCAAACUUCCCUAGCAAGCCCCUGUCCCCCGCACACGCUUCCCAGUCUUUUGACCAACUGUACAUAGCCAUGGCGGACUCCUUCCUUUUCCACGGUGAUUUUAAUGGCUUAUUGGUGGAUAGAAGUUUGUCCAUUUGUAAACUCCGGAUUGCGUUCCUUCCCGCCUUUCUUCCCACCCCCUUCCCCAAGUGAUGGGCCUUUUCUUUUCCUAUUAGUUUACCCGGUUUCUUUUUUGAGUAAUGUGGAAGAAAAUGGUUUAUUUCGUAUUGUGGUAUUAAAUAUUGUGUUCCUUUUAAUGAGGCAACUUGAUUGUAAACUUCAUGCAACCAACUAUAGACUGGAAAAAAUGAGCCGUGCCAAAGUCUCCCUUCUGUUUCUUCAACACACCAACUCAUAGCACACAUCACCACCACCACCAACGCUUGUGAAUGUAUUUUUCUGUUAGCUGGGUUUACAUGUGAUGUUUCAGUGCUUUUGCGAGUUUGAUUUGUUAGUUGUUGUAUGAAAGAUUGGGGGGUGGGGUGGGAGUAAACGUUGUGCCCUUAGCUUUUUCCGUAAUAACACCCUUCUGUAAAUAUCCGUUGCCAUAUUUAUCCAUUUGUAAUUAAAUUAUGGUAUUAACUUGCUACAGAGGAAACAAUAUUUAUAAAGAAUGUUUCUUAACUAUAAAUAUGUACAAUUGUGGGCAUAAACUGUUUCAGAUUUUUUUAUUUGAAGGUUUAAGUGGUUUGAUCAUUUCUUGUGAUGUUUUGAGAGUAAUGCAUACAGAAAUAUAAUAAAAUGUGUUGAAAAUGCA